CUUUAGCCAUUCUGUCAAAACUACGUUAAGUGCCGUGUCUGCUAGUUGAACUUGUCGAUUUGUCAUUAAAGUUGAACUUAAAAGUGAAUAUUUCCGAAAGCAGAGCGGCAGAUUAGCUGGUCGUUAUGGGAAAACUAUAGUCAGAGUUCAAGCUAUCUUAAUAAUUACAAAAAGAGCCAAUGUACAUGAAAAACUUCUCGGUAGAACGCAAAGAAGCUCGCCACGUCAUUGAAUAAGUGUGUUCACACCGGUCUGCUCAGUUGUUACAGCUUGCAGAAUUGUGAUCUGUUGCACAGUGAAAAUGUCCACGUAUUAUAUUAGCGCCUUCCUUAGAAUCUGUCUGCCCUUUAUUUUAUUUUCAUUAGUAAUUGGAAGAAGUGCUGGUUUCUACAUACCAGGAGUGGCCCCUGUCGAGUUCAAGAGUGGAGACAAAAUCGAAGUUAAAGCAAUCAAGUUAACUAGCACACACACCCAACUACCCUAUGCCUACUACAGUUUGCCCUUUUGUCGUCCCAAAAAUGACAAAUUUGAAUUCAAAUCCGAGAACUUGGGAGAAGUUCUGAGAGGAGACAGAAUUGUGAACACACCUUACGAAGUCAAGAUGUUGAAAGAUAUUAAAUGUAAGUUGUUGUGUCACAGUCCAGAAACCCCAAUGACAUGGGAAGAAUCCAUGGCCAAGGAUGUCAUUAACAAAGUUGAACAUGAAUACUUUGUUCACUUGUUGGUGGACAAUUUGCCCUGUGCAACCAGAGUGGUAACACAAGAGUCUGACAGUAUCCAAUAUGAGCAUGGUUACAGGCUUGGAUUCCUCCACAAUCAAAAUGUUGCCUUGAAUAAUCAUUUGAAAAUCAUUUUACAUUAUCAUAGUGAAGAUUCAGAAAACUAUCGAGUUGUAAGAUUCGAAGUUGAAACGCGCAGCGUGGCUCAUGAAGACAUCAAGUUCAAAGAAGAUUCAUGUGAAUUUUCUGACAAUGCUCGCCCACAGUACAUCAAUCGUGUGGGUAAAACGAAGUUGUUUUUCACCUAUUCGGUAGAGUGGAAACAAUCGGAUGUCAGAUGGGCUUCUCGUUGGGACUCUUAUUUGGCCAUGAGUGACGUACAAAUCCAUUGGUUCUCCAUCGUUAACUCGUUGAUCGUCGUGUUUUUCCUUUCGGGAAUUCUCACAAUGAUCAUCAUCCGAACUCUUCGGCGGGACAUUGCCAAGUACAACCAAGAUGACAGUAAUGAUGAAACGAUGGAGGAAUCUGGUUGGAAACUUGUCCAUGGAGAUGUGUUUCGCCCUCCGAGAUAUCCUAAACUCUUUGCUGCUGUAAUCGGCAGCGGUAUCCAAAUAUUCUGCAUGGCAGUUGUGAUUUUGUUUUUCGCCAUGCUCGGCAUGCUUUCGCCAGCAUCACGAGGAGCUCUGAUGACAGCUGCGAUCUUCUUGUACGUUUUUAUGGGGCUUAUAGCCGGAUAUCACUCCGGGCGACUUUACAAAACCAUGAAAGGCAAAGAAUGGAAGCGGGCUGCAUUCCUUACUGCCAUCCUUUAUCCUGGUUUUAUGUCAGCGAUGGGAUUUUUCCUCAACUGUUUCAUCUGGGGCAAGCACAGCAGUGGUGCUGUUCCGUUUACUACAAUGUUGAAGCUUUUAUGUCUCUGGCUAUUCGUUUGUUUCCCAUUGGUGUUCCUCGGUUAUUACUUUGGUUAUCGAAAGGCACCCUUUGAGCAACCUGUUAGGACCAACCAAAUUCCGAGACAAGUGCCAGAACAAGUUUGGUACAUGAAUCCCAUUCUUUGUUCUUUGAUGGCCGGAAUUCUUCCAUUUGGAGCCAUGUUUAUCGAACUGUUCUUCAUCUUUACCGCAAUUUGGGAGAAUCAGUUUUACUAUCUAUUUGGAUUCCUUUUCUUGGUUUUCAUCAUUUUGGCCAUCUCGUGUUCGCAAAUUGCCAUCGUCAUGGUUUAUUUUCAACUAUGUGGAGAGGAUUAUAAUUGGUGGUGGCGUAGUUUUAUAGUUUCCGGUGGAUCCGCCAUUUACGUAUUCGCGUAUGCAGUAUUCUACUUUGUAACGCAGUUGGAGAUAACUGAGUUUACGCCAACCCUUCUUUACUUUGGGUAUACUGCACUUAUGUGCUUCACGUUUUGGCUUUUAACAGGUACUAUCGGUUUCUAUGCUGCACAUUUUUUCGUGCGAAGAAUCUAUGCCGCAGUCAAAAUCGAUUAAUGCUACUUUUUUUUUGAGUUAUGGUACCAAAAACACAGACUUUCGAUUGAGUCAAUUUAAUAGAUGAAUACGUGGUACAUUGUAACAAAACGCAGAGCAUUCAAACUGUAGUGUCCAUUUUGUCCACUCCUUCGUCAAUCUCCAAUAAACGUGGUCCGUAAAGAAGUA